AUGAAUUCAGCCAACCAUUCUCAGGUGACAGGUUUUGUAUUUCUGGGGCUCUCUCAGAUAUGGGAGCUCCGGUUCCUCUUCUUCAUUGUCUUCUCUGCAGUUUAUCUUAUGACCAUAACUGGAAAUCUACUCAUUGUGACGCUAAUAACAUCUGACACACGCCUGCACACAACCAUGUACUUUCUCUUAUGCAAUCUUUCUUUCCUGGACUUUUGCUAUUCAUCUGUCACAGGACCCAGGAUGUUGGUUGACCUGCUCUCACACAACCCUACCAUUUCUUUCGGUGGGUGCCUGACUCAGCUCUUCUUUUUUCACUUCAUUGGUGGCAUCAAGAUCUUCCUGCUGACUGUCAUGGCAUAUGACCGCUAUAUCGCCAUUUCCCAGCCCCUGCGCUACACACUUAUUAUGAACCAUACUGUGUGUGGGCUCCUUAUGGCAGCUUCUUGGGUCGGGGGUUUCAUCCACUCCAUUGUACAGGUCGGGCUGACUAUCCAGCUGCCAUUCUGUGGGCCUAACAAACUGGACAACUUUUAUUGUGAUGUGCCUCAGCUGAUUAAAUUGGCCUGCACAGAUACCUUUGUUUUAGAACUUCUGAUGGUGUCUAACAAUGGGCUGGUGACUCUGGCGUGUUUUUUGGUGCUGCUGGUGUCUUACACAGUACUACUAGUCAUGCUCAGAAGUCACUCACAGGAAGGCCGCAGCAAGGCUCUGUCCACAUGUGCCUCCCACAUUGCUGUGGUAACCUUAAUAUUUGUGCCUUGCAUUUAUAUCUAUGCAAGACCGUUUCGGACUUUUCCAAUGGAUAAGGCUGUUUCUGUGCUGUACACAAUGGUGACCCCGAUGCUGAAUCCUGCCAUUUAUACUCUGAGAAACAAGGAAGUAAUUGUAGCCAUGAAGAAGCUGAGGAAGAGAAAAAACUGCCUUCUUGGUCACUCAGAACACUGA